CAUGCAAACAACGUAUAGUUUACUAAUCUCUUCUUAAAAAAUAUUAAUAGUAGCAAACCCCCUUGACCAACAGAAAAAAAAAAACAAAUUUUAACGUUGGAGACUUGAAGAGUUGAAGUUCAAAAACUAUUUUUCAGUCUCUUAUAAAGUAUUUAAGACAGCUAAAUCAAAAGGUGGUCGUUGGGUAACGUUUAACUUCCUAACUGCAAUUAUGAUCUUAAUAGUGACCUUAACAAGGUUAUACUAACUUCUACGUUGAGUACAAAACAAAACAAGAACAUUGAUAUCUCACCAGUCACCAUUACAUGUGUUUAUUUUAUUUAAGUGGAGAAUUAACUUACGCAGGUCAUUUUAAGCUACAUAAAUAGGUAAGUAAAUAUUCUAAAAAUGAGCAUUGCUGGGGGAGGAAACUAGAAGUGGGCCCAGUAAGCAUUGAAGCCCACAUUGGUAGAGAGUACCAUUCAGUAGGGACAUUGACACCUCAUCUCCAUCUUUGCCUUGCCUCUGUCUCUUUCAUUUCGCUUUCUAAACCAUUUCUCAUUUUUGUUUUCGUUCUCUCCCUUAUGCAUUUUCUUUUUGUUUUUGUCAACAUGUUUCACAAUGAAAUACAACAGAGAUUCUACAUAAUUUCUGUUUUUUAUAUAAAUACUAUCAUCACUCUCCCUUUUUAUUUUUGUGAAUUUUUUUAAGUAUUUAUUAAGAUGCAACUGAGCAAGCAAGUUCUUAAAACCAAAACUAAGCAACUUCGCUCAGUUCGAACUGCUAAUGAUUUUGGUAGGUAAUUGAGUAAGAAAAGAAAGAGAAUAUACUUUGCGGAAAAUUUAAAUACUACUAAUUUAUAAGAACAAAUAAUAUUUUUUUCUGCAUCUAGAUGUGUCUUAAAUAUCUGUGCACCAGUAAAAGUCCAGUAUUCGUUGGAUCGGAUUACGUAGGUGCCGUCAAGGUUAUAUCUGGGGGGUGCAGGGCCGCAGACCCUGCGGUUUGGUAUGUCUUUUUGGUUUAAGAAUUUUUUUUUCUAGAUAUGUAUGUAUUUCUAUAUAGAAAAGAAAAUCGAGUUUUGAGCCUGAUAUAAAUACAGUUUUAAAGAUUUAUAAUAUUAUUUAUUCACAUAAUAAUAAAAAAACCUUAAAUGGGUAUUUGCCUCAAUUUGAUCUGAUCUUCCUUUUUCUUUUUCUUUUUUUUUUAAGUUGAUUCGCGUUUGAACAAGAGGAAAGCAUCUAGUAGGGACUUGAGCUCAAUAGAUAAGGUCCGAAGUCCGGACUGUGAAAUAAUGGCAGACACAUGAGUUAUUGAGUAUGAUGACCCACGGGCACACGGUACACACUCACACCUUGGACCAUGUGGCUUUUAAAUGGGCAUUUUGGACCCACAUGUUUUCUUCACAUUUUGACAAAUCUUAUACAUGGACUAUAUCUCGAAGAAGCCCAUCAAAAUAGGAAAAUCCAAAGACGAUUUGGUAUAUUAUUUUAGAACUCUUCACCAUCUUUCUUGAAAUAAAUCUCUUAGGGUAUAAAUAGUGACCGAAGAAUAAUGGAGAAUAAUGCAUUUUCUAACGUUCUUAUUAAAAAAUCACCAUUCACAAAGAAUAAUAAUUCCCUCUCAUUCCCUCUCGUUCCUUUUUUUGUAGAGAAUUAAAUGAUAAAAUUAUUCCUUGUUAAAUUUGAGAAAAAACAACUAUUCUUUUUUAUUUCUGCUAUUUUUUCCCAUAUAUUUAUUUUUUGUUUGUUCUUCUUGUUUCCCGAAUGAUCACCAGUCAGAUCCUUAAUUGUACACUAUAUGAAAAAGUAUUAAAAAAUGUUUUACGACAUGAGCGCAAUGAACAAUGCAUCUAUGGUAAAAAUCCUAUAAAUUAAUAAUCUUGGAACUAUAAUAAUUUAUUAUUUUAUAGAAUUAUUAACUUACAAAAAAAAUUCUUUUUAAUUUGUUUCUACUUUCGAGUAUAAUUUUUUAAAAAAUAAAAAAAUAUUUGAUUUAACCGUACAUACGUUAACUAAAUUUAGGAAUUCAUAUUGUUUUUAUUAUAUUGUUUAUCAUACAUAUUGUUUUUAUUAUAUUAUUUAGUGUAUAUAAAUGUUUUUUUGUAGAAGAUAUGUGAGAUUUUAUGUAUACUUUUACUAAAUAUUAUUAAACAUAUAUAUUAAAAUUGUUAAAGAAAAAUAGAAAUGAAUUCCCUUUUGGAUAUAAAUAAAUAAUACAAUAUUUUUUGUACUCAUAUAAACUAUAUAUAGGUAAAUUAUUAAUUUAUAAUUUACUGGAACCACAUAUCUACUUAAGAUUUUUUAAAUAAUAUUAUCUUAUUAUUUUGUUGAUUUAGGUCAUAUUUUAAAUAUGCUCAUGACCUAAGAAAUUCAAAAACAACUUCUACCUUUUCAAAUGUGAACAAAGUACCAAAAAAGUGAGAUUUCAUAAAAUUUUAUAUGUCCCUGAUCCAAAAAAUCUUAAAAAGAAUAUAUUUAGUGGUACAAAAUAGACUAGCUAAUAUAAUAUAAGAUCCAAGUUAAAAUGUCAUUCCACUAAUGCUAGAAAUAGUCUAACUUGUUUUUUUCUAAAACUUAAAUAGUCAACUUUUAUGUUACUAUUAUGUAAAUUACAUGGGUUGAAGCCCAAAUUUAAACUGGUCGAAUAACAUCAAUUUUGUUUUCACCAGGAAUCGAAAGCAGAACAGACAUAUUUAUAUCUAGGGACGGACACGAAUCAAAUAUGUGGAUUUUUGGUUUUUGAAGUUAUUCGUGAUCCGAUCCGUUCAUCUGAAUAAUCAGUUAUCUGAUCCGAUUCAAUUCGUAACCAUCCGGAUAUUCGUUUUUCUGAAUCCAAUUCGAUCCGCAAAAAUAAAUAAAAUUUUAAAAAUAAUAUAAAACAGUAAAAUUAAAUUAAAAAAUAAAAAAUAAAUAAAUCAUAAAGCUAAUAUAUAAUAUCUAAUAUAAUAAAGUUAGUAAAUAAAAAUACUGCAAAGCUUAUAUACAUUAUAAUAAUUAUAUAACUUAUAUAUAUAUAUUUUUAAUAUAUGUAUAUAUGAAUUUAACGGAUCGGACCAGAUAUACGUUCCUAAAAAUAUUAGUAUUUAUUAUUUACUUUGUUUCUUACGAAUAUUACAUAUUAUUAUUUGUUUUGCUUUGUAGAAUUUCGGAUAUCCAAAUUUUUUGGUUUGAAUAAAAACGGAUAACGAAUCAAAUCAAAAUUUACAAAUAAUUUGUCCUGCCCGGACCAUCCCCGAGACACUAGCUACUUGAUUAGUUUCCAAAACAUACAAUUCAAUUUGGGAAUAAAAGUUUGAGUAUUUUUAUAUACCAAAUUAAAUUCAUAAUCUCUAUAUGACAAAAAAGCAUAAUCUCUCUCUAUCACUAAUAGUCGACAAAAAACAUUAUUUGAGAAUAACAUUUUCUUUCAAUAUUUUAUGAGCCUAUAAUAAUUUUGAAAGCUUUCUCGGUAAGCUUAUUAAUGUUCUCUUCGGUUUAGUUUCGUACGAACGAAGCUUCGCAUCUCCAACGACGGUCAUGUGUACAACCGACUUAUAGAUCUUCUUACAAUUUUAUCUGAAGUAAGAAAUUCAUAAAACAAGAAUGAAUACAGCAUAAUAUAAAUAUGUAUAAAUAUAUAUAUACACUAUUCGAAAGAUUUAUAGAUCUUCUUACAAUUUUAUUUGAAGUAAGAAAUUCAUACAACAAUAAUGAAUAUAAUAUAUUUAUAUAACUUUUGGUGAGGAAUCUGCUGUCAAGGAGCAAAUAAAUGAGAAUUUUGGGUAUAGGUAACUUGCUAAACACGAGAGUUUGUUCUGUGCUUGCAGAUAUGGUCUUAUUUUUGCUACAACAAGUAGGUCCAACACAUAUAAUAUAUAUACAAGUAGUGAUUUCUUCAAAAAGAGAGUUAUGGAUAGUCUAGGAUCCAAAAUUUUCUUUAAACUAUAUAUUAUUCUAUAAAGGAAUUCUGCAUAUACACACGACCUUAUUCUUGGCUGAUUUUUUUUUUCAAAUGUUGGAGGAUUAUAAUAGGGUUUAUUUGGUACAUAACCAAAAAGAAAUAAUUAGAUAUGUAGAGAAAAGUUGGAGAGAGAUAGGAAGAAAAAUGACGAGAGAAAUGAUGUUUUUGGUUAGAUAGUGUAUUUAUAUUUUUUUUUAUGGAUUAUAGGAGCAAAUUUUCCAUUAUAAUAUUUUUAUGGUGUUUCAUAUCUUUGUGAAUACAAAAUUAUUAGAAAAAGAAAAAAAGUUUCAAUAACGACACUCCAUCUCGUCACCUUUCUUGUUUGUGAAGAUAUAUACUCUUUUAGUCAUAUACAAACUGCAAUAUCCUGAUUGAAAUUAAUAUUUUCUUGUACAAAGGGUUUUUCUCCUACUUAUAGUUGGGUGCCAUUUUUAAUUAUGUUUACAUGAAUCUUACUACUAAUUUGAGCUGUGGAACUAGAAACUAGAAAAGGAAAAAAACUGAUCAAGAAUAGUCAUAAUCAAAAUUUAGAAAACAGCAUUCAAUAAUUAUAUGUCACAAAUGUAUAUACAUACACCAAUAAUUAACGUGACGUCCAAGCAACCCCUCAAAUAUUAUUUUAAUACCAUUUUAAUUUAAUUUAUAUAAUUUUAUAUGAUUUUAUAUAGUUAAGUGUUUGUUUGUUCUUAAAACUUAACAAUCACUUGCCCCUCUUUCUAUAUCACCUCAUCAUCUUUAGCUCUCUUUCUCUCUCGUUCUCUCGGUUCAUCUUUUGAUAGUUCUGCUGGUUCUGACUGUAAUUAGAUUUAGAUAUUGGUAGGUUAUUGUAGAGGGAGAGAUCAGUAAUAGAAGAAAGAUGAGUUGGUGUGAUGAUUCAGAUGAUAACUACGAUCCCAAUCUUGAAAGAGCAUCCAACAUUGAUCAUCCAUCAAUUCAACUCAAAAACCAAUCUCAAUCAUGUGUCACGAGCGCUCCAGAUUCCAAGAUUAUCGUUGAUGCUCCCAUCGUCAUGACUUGUUCUUCUUGUGGACAAAAGAUCCAUCAACAAGACGAACAGGUUGGCAGCAUCAAAGAUUUACCAAGCUUACCGGCAGGAGUCAAGUUCGACCCGUCGGAUAAAGAGAUCCUUAUGCAUUUGGAGGCGAAGGUCUCAUCCGAUAAAAGAAAACUUUAUCCGUUGAUCGAUGAAUUUAUACCUACGCUUGAAGGGGAGAAUGGAAUUUGUUAUACGCAUCCUGAGAAACUUCCUGUUAUGUCAACAGGAGUAAGCAAAGACGGUCAAGUACGGCACUUCUUCCACCGGCCAUCUAAGGCUUACACUACCGGAACACGAAAACGUAGAAAAGUGAGCACAGAUGAGGAAGGCCACGAGACACGGUGGCACAAAACGGGCAAGACCCGACCCAUUUUGUCCCAAGCAGGAGUAGCCGGUUUCAAGAAAAUCCUAGUGCUCUACACGAACUAUGGUCGCCAGAAGAAGCCAGAGAAGACCAAUUGGGUGAUGCAUCAGUAUCACUUAGGCCACAGCGAGGAUGAAAAAGACGGUGAACCAGUUCUCUCUAAAGUCUUUUACCAAACACAACCUAGGCAAUGCGGUGGUUCGACCGAACCUAAACCGAAGAGUCGGGUAAACCUAAACCGAUUUAGUUAUGAAAAUCAUGCCGGUUUUGGGUAUGAGCAUAAAGGAAAAAAUGAAGAGAACACGCAGGUGAUUCGUGAAGGAGAUGUGUCAUGUUCAUUUCUUAGUUUUACUUGUGACGCAAGUAAAGGUAAAGAAAGUUUUAUGAAGAAGAUAUGAAACAAAUAAUAUACAAAUGCAGGUACUUUGUGGAGUGAAGAUGGGGAAACGAAUGAUGUGAAUGAGUGAGCACAUACUCUGUGUGUAGGUGUUGGGUAUCUAUCGUAGUAAGUUAUCUUAAAGUGUUGGUGAGAUCUUAGGUUUAACUUCUUUUUUGGGGAUAAAAUUGGGGAAGUAACUUUAACCUCAACACAUAUUACUAAUGAUCCUUGUUCUUAUAUUUUUGUUUUGCCUGAAUAGAUUCUGUAGAAAAUACUGUAAUAGAUCUUCUUUUCAUAUUAUUGAAACAAAAUUAAGACAAUAAUAAAAUGAAAUUUCU